UCCAUUCAAUCAAUAGGACAAUCCAUAAAUACGUAACGUUAUGUUUGAACCGUUUAUUAACCAAACAACUAAAAAAAACCAUACGAUUGGCGCCAAUGUUUUGGACCAAACGUUUUGACAACAAUUGAAUUGAUUGAACCAAUGAAUCGAUAGUUUUGUUUGUUUGCAAUAAUUGUAAACAACAUUUGAAAUUGAUUUUGUUAUUUGAUUAAUGACAGACACUAUGGGAAGCAAAUCAGGCAAAGAAAAUAAUAAAGACAUGGAUCAGACAAGUGAUGUCAACAAAAACAAAGACAAGGGCAAGACAACCAAUGGUACGAAAGGGUUGAACCCGAAGAUGGAGUUGAAGGCCGUGCCAUUUGAUCCACGAUUUCCCAACCAAAACCAGACACGCAAUUGUUAUCAGAAUUAUUUGGAUUAUCAUCGAUGUCUGAAAGUCAAGAAUGGCGAUGAAGACUACUGUCAUUGGUAUAAAUAUGUUUACACUGAACUCUGUCCUAGAGCUUGGACAGACAAAUGGGACGAUCAGCGAGAGAGUGGUAUAUUUGCCGGUAGGAUAUGACUGGACUGACUGACUGAUCAUUCAAUUGAUGGACACAUACAUCAUAUCAUAUGAUUUUGACAAUGACUAACAAAUUUUAUGUUU